ACAGAUAAAAAUGAUAAUAGUGAUAAGUGGCUUGAACCCGACUGGACUUAUAAUCUUGGAGAGGCGAUACUUGGGAUCCAGACUGUGACUUUAAGUAGUUUUGAGGUCGGAAUUAUUGUCCUCGGUGAGAGAAAUCUCUAUUGCUUCCGUGACAAUUGUACAGCCGUUAAAUAUACUAAGAAACUUGAUUACUGUCCCGUCUGUUUUCAUGCUUAUGUAAUUGAACCAGACGGUAAACUGAUGGUUCUUGUCGUCGCCGACACGGACACCCUGCUGGUUUACGAGGGCGCAACACUCAAGUGGUCCGCGCAAUUGCCUUUCACACCUGUCGCAAUUGUACGCGCACAGUUUCAGAUGACCUUAAAGAAAGGACGACUCGAAGCUUGUUACCUUGGCGCCGAGCCGUCUCUAUUUGUUGCCCCGCCGAUUAAUUCAAGAAAAUUCGACAUCAAAGCUGCUCAACAAGAGCUUUUGGAACUAAGAAAGCUUUCUAAAAAAACUGCGGCAGAUAAAAUGACAAAGGCGGUAAUGGAGUCGGAAAUAGUUAUCAAAACAACAACAGAAGUGUCCAAAGAUCCUCCUUAUGAUACACAUCCAGAAAAUGCCAACUCGUAUGCAUUCACAUCGCCGAGUUGCAAAAUGAACAUUGAAUUGUCUUCAUACUCGAUAAUAAGCGAUGUUGAAGUUAAUCUGUCCGUACUGAAGCCUUUGGUAGUUACUGAAGAUUAUUAUUCAUUCCCCAGCUUACGUAAGUGUCUUUCACACGGAGAUCGGCAACAAAUUCAAGUAAAAGUUGAGGUUAAUGGGACCGAGACAAUAUUGUCCUCGGAAUUACGUCUUACGAUGUCUUACGAAACGGAAAAAGGUGAUUUAAAAGUUGUAGAUAAAAUAAUUCAAUUGCCACUGAGGAUUCUUCUUCGAGUUUGUCCGCCGGAAAGCACAGCGGCUUUUACAACGACUGUUAAGACUUCGAAAUUAUUGAUCGACUACUCGCAAAAACAAUCAUCUUCAUCAAACGCCCUGGGGUUACGUCACAUAAAUUCAGGGCACGUUGUGACAAUAGUAUUAGGCACGAGUACAAACCGAUACCGCGUACAAUCGAACGAUGCACUCGCGAUGACCCUGAUAGUCCAGCAGCUGUUGACCAGACUGUGCUCCCGAUUGAAUACCAAUUCCGCUGGUAGCAUCGUCGCAAACAUCACUCAGAAUCAUCUGCAGCUGGUCCAGGGGAAUAUUGAGGCCCACUUUAAAACCCGUCAACAAGUUCAACUCAUCUUGAGCGAGCUAGCUUUGUUGACCAGUCAGCUGAGGAACAUUGAAAAAAGAGUGCUCCAGAGCAUGCGGGAAAAAAACUCACGAUCUUUGGCGUCAUCUGGCCUCUCUAUUCUCCUAGAAUCGACCUACCAAUUGCUGCUAGAUCAAUUGGAUAAACUUGAUUCAGCGCAGAUGGAACUUCAACACGCUGCACAUAAAUUGCACGGCAGUUUAAAGCUAGUGCUGAUGUUGAUCAAAUCCAAUGACUGGGAAGAAAUAGCUGACGUAACAUUAGGAGCACUACUGCGGGGAACUUCAAAAAAAUCUGAACAUGAAUCAUCAGUGAAACAACUGAGCUGGAACGAAUUCAAAACAACGCGGGAUUUACUUAAGUUAAAGAAACGAAUUGUCCACGCUGUUGACCGGUUCAACAAACCAUCCGAUAACGCUGUCCUCCAGGAGGAUGAA